UACAUCUCCAACUAGACACUUAAAUCAUGACAUCCACGUCACAAUUUGUGUUAUGGAGUGUGUGGAUGUUCAUUACACUCUAGCCCAUAUAUGAUGUUAGGGCUUAGCCCAUUACCAUAUACCCCCAUUCCCCCAUGUAUAUAUAUCCCAUAUGUGAAAAGGAUACAUCAUUAUUGAGAUUUAUCUCACGUUAUCAGCACCGCUCUCUCUAGCUACUAAAGAAAAUAAUGUCGACUCCUUAAUCGGAUCCCACGACAUCUCUCUUCUCCUUCGCCGCGCCCCCUUUCCUCCCUGCUUCCUCGUGCGACAAGACGAGGAUCAAUUUAUUUUCUCCUGGAAAAGUGUGGAAGAUGGUGAACGAAUGGUUGGGCAUGCCACGGCUCAUGGGGACCCUUGCUAGCUCAGUUAAAUGGAUCAAGAAAGAAAGAAGUGGGGCAAAUGUACAAGCCAAAGCAUCUCGGAUUGCACUUUACUUUUCUAUCUAUUGGAUUUGGAGAGUGAGAAAUGCGGCUACAUUUGAUGGAGUGACUCCAAAGGAAGAUGACGUUUUUGCUAGGAUAAAGUACAUUGUGUACAAAGUUUUGUAUAGCAUCUAUCCAUAUGAUCGAUUUGGUUGUAUUUUGAUAAACUUUCUGCCAAUCGCCUAUUUUUCAUGUGAUUGGCUGUGAUGUAGCUUAGGCUGCUUUUCUAGCACCUUAUUUUUGCAGGUGAUGGGUUAUCCAACCUUUGGAUAGUCUACAUUUUUGCUCACCUUUUUGAUGUACCG